AUGAUGAACAAUUGUUGGUAUGAAGUGAAGCCGGAGAUAUUUGAUAACCCAGAAAAUGAAGAAACUUAUCUUCUCUUCCGGCACCCUGUUGACGCAGGGAGUGGGACGAGUGGCUGGAGAAAACCGUCCACAGAGGAGCAGAUGGAAGAGAUUAAACGCAAUGCGAGUUCGCCUGAGAAACAAUUUACUCGACAAGAGAUUGAAAAACAUCAUACGGAGACUGACUGUUGGAUCGUUGUAAAUGGUAAUGUGUAUGAUGCCACGAAAGUCCUCAGCUGGCACCCAGGUGGUAAAGGAGCAAUCAUGGCUCAUGCUGGGAUUGUGCAUUGGGAUACGACGGAGGAAUUCGGCAGCAUACAUGACAAUUAUGCCCAAGAUAAGCUCAAGGGUAUUUCCCCUCCCAAAGAUCGAGAAUGCAUUCUAGGGAAGGUCACGCAGAAAGCAAUGGAUCAUAUGAUGAAAGACACGGAACAGAAGAAAAAUGAACGGCUGAAGUUGAGAGAUAGAGACUCUAAGGUUGCCUUAGAUAAUCAUAGGUGGGUUCAAGCCAGGCUUGUCUCGAAAAAGGCCCUCUCUGCAGAUACUAGGAGGUAUACGUUUAAGCUUCCAUCUCAAGCUACAGAGCUUGGUCUAGAAACUGGUCAGCACGUCCAAGUUGGGUUCCAUUUCAAGGAUAGCCUUGUUGUUCGCCCCUAUACCCCUGUCCAUCCUAUCUUAAAUGAGGAGUAUGAUGGGACAUUUGACCUGGUUGUAAAGACGUACUUCCCAAAUAAAGACCAGCCAGGUGGUACAAUGAGCAACAUCCUUGACUGUCUCCGCGACGGUGAAGAAGUUGAAGUUAAGGGCCCGUCAGGCGAAAUAAGGUAUCACGGUAACGGCUGUUUCAGUGUCGAUGGCAAAGAGUAUAAUUUCGACAACGUCUCCCUCAUACUGGGCGGAUCUGGGGUCACUCCUGGCUACCAGGUGAUCACAAAAAUCCUGAGAAACGGCAAUGACAAGACGAAGAUUAGAGUCAUAGAUGGAAAUAAGACGGAAAAUGAUAUCCUGCUACGACAAGAUCUAGAUGAGUUCUCUCAGAAACAUGGAGAUCAAUUUGAAAUCGUGCACGUCCUUUCUAAUCCCAGCAGCGACUGGAAGGGGCUAAAAGGUCAUGUCAACGACGACAUCAUCAGGAAGCAUUCUUUUGAACCAGGUAAGAAGAACGUCGUUCUGCUCUGCGGGCCGCCUGCAAUGAUACAGAAAGCUGUGUUGCCUGCUUUGACGAAAUGGGGGUAUAAAGAGGAUGAGAAUCUGUUUGGAUUCUAG